UAUCUUUGCAAAAGAAGCCUACAUUUCUAAAGUCCAUAAGUAGGAUGCCUAAAACUGCAUCCAUAUGGUCACAUGCACCAAAAGUUUCUUUUUUGUACCAAUGAAGCAGCCUUUGGUUGAUCAUGGCCAGGAAUCUGAGCUCCAGCAAUCUGGUGGGGAAGAUAGCAUCCUCGUUUUCAAAACUGUCCGCUUUGGAGUCCCUAGAUUUGUCCAAUAAUCAACUGUCAGGAGAAAUACCAGAAACCUUGGCGAAAUUGCCAAAGCUGAGAAAUCUAUAUCUAAGUGGAAACAACCUUACUGGUUUAGUUCCCAGGGCUCUUAAAAGGAGGGUUGAAGACAAGACAUUAUACUUGAGGCUUGUUCCUUCUCUCACAUUCGCAGAUUUAUUUAGGGUGGCAAGACUAUUAACAUGGUUUAUUCUGAUUCGAAGCAAAUAAAGGACACUUGUCAUCAACAUGUUGGCAAAGCAACUAGAACAUUUUCUUCCGUUGACAUUGAAGUUCAGCUACUUACCUUUUGUUGCAGCUUGAAUGGAAACGCAGAUCUUUGUUUGGCAAGACUUUACCCUCCGAAUAAGAACCCCCAUCUUGGUCCUAGUUGUUGCAUCCCUUUUAGUCUUCUUUGUAGUUCUAUCGUGUUACCUUGGCCACUAUAGGUUAAUCAAAACGAAACAUGUUGGCAAAAAGCUACCAGAAUAUUUAA